UCCAUCACUUUAAUCUGUGUUGCAUGUAUGUGACUGUUGAUUGGGAGAGUGCUUCGGUGUGGUUGUGGGAGUGAAUGUAGAUAUUUUGAAUGCGAGAAAUAAUUUAGUGAGCAUGAUGUUACGGUUCGCAGCAUCAAAAUGUUCGCGCGUGUCUUUGAAGUAUUUAGGUUCGGUGCAGAGAAGCACGCGACUGUACGCUACGACCUCCGCGGGAUCGCAGCAGCACCUGCAAUGCAAGAAGGUGGACAACGUGUGUGUCAUCACCCUCGACUCUCCGGGAUCUAAGGUGAACACGCUGGACCGGGUGGUCAUGGAGGAGAUGCGCGCCGCGCUGCGCCAGGUGGAGGCGGACGCCAGCGUGCAGGCCGCCGUGCUCGUCUCGGGCAAGCCCGGCUGCUUCAUCGCGGGCGCCGACGUCAACAUGCUGCAGGCGUGCCGCACGGCGGAGGAGGUGGCGGCCGUGUCCCGCGCGGGCCAGGAGAUCCUCGCCGGCGUCGAGGCCUCCAAGAAGCCGGUGGUGGCGGCCAUCCAGGGCUCCUGCCUGGGCGGCGGGCUGGAGGUGGCGCUGGCGUGCCACUACCGCGUGGCGGUGCGGGACCGCCGCACGGGCCUCGGCCUGCCCGAGGUGAUGCUGGGGCUGCUGCCCGGGGGCGGGGGCACCCAGCGCCUGCCCCGCCUGGUGUCGCUGCCCGACGCGCUGGACCUGGCCCUCACCGGCCGCACCGUGCCGGCCGAGCGCGCCCGGCGCCUGGGGCUGGUGGACCUGCUGGUGGACCCGCUGGGGCCCGGCCUGGCCCCGCCCGGCGACAACACGCGGCGCUACCUGGAGGAGGUGGCCGUGCUGGUGGCGAAGCAGCUCGCCGCGGGCCAGCUGAAGGUGAACCGCGGCGCCAAGCCGGUCACCGCCUGGCUGCUGAGCAAGACCAUGGAGAUCGGCUGGGUGCGCAACAAGGUCUUCGAGAAGGCCCGGGCGCAGGUGCUGAAGACCACGGGCGGACUCUACCCGGCGCCUCUCAAGAUCCUUGAGGUGAUCCGCACGGGCGUGGAGAAGGGGGCCCGGGCAGGCUACGAGGCGGAGAGCCAAGCCUUCGGGGAGCUGGCCAUGACGCCCGAGAGCCGGGGCCUCAUGACGCUCUUCAAGGGCCAGACCGAGUGCAAGAAGAACCGCUUCGGCGAGCCCAACACACAAGUCAAGAAGGUGGCGGUGGUGGGGGCGGGCCUGAUGGGCGCCGGCAUCGUGCAGGUGAGCAUCGACAAGGGCUACGAGGUGCUGCUCAAGGACGUGAGCGCGGACGGCAUCGCCCGCGGCCUGGAGCAGAUCCACGCCGGCCUCGACACGGCCGUCAAGAGGAAGAAGCUCAGCGCGCUGGAGAGGGACCGCCACCUGGCGCGCCUGCACACGGGCCUGGACUACAGCGGGUUCCGGGACGCCGACCUGGUGGUGGAGGCGGUGUUCGAGGACCUCAACCUGAAGCACAAGGUGAUCCAGGAGCUGGAGCGCGAGGUGCCGGAGCACUGCGUGGUGGCCAGCAACACCAGCGCGCUGCCCAUCGCCCGCAUCGCCUCCGCCAGCCGGCGCCCCGACAAGGUGAUCGGCAUGCACUACUUCUCGCCGGUGGACAAGAUGCAGCUGCUGGAGGUCAUCACGACGGACAAGACCUCGAAGGAGACGGCGGCGGCGGCCGUGGCGCUGGGGCUGCGCCAGGGCAAGGUGGUGAUCACCGUGGGGGACGGCCCCGGCUUCUACACCACGCGCAUCCUGGCGGCCAUGCAGUCCGAGGCCCUGCGCCUGAUGCAGGAGGGCGUGGGCCCCAAGGACCUGGACAAGCUGUCCAAGGGCUUCGGCUUCCCGGUGGGCGCGGCGACGCUGCUGGACGAGGUGGGCGUGGACGUGGCCGCCCACAUCGGCGCGGACCUGGCCCAGGCGUUCGGCCCGCGCUUCGGCGGCGGAGACAACAGCAUCCUCAAGGACUUCGUGCAGAGGGGCUUCCUCGGGCGCAAGUCGGGCAAGGGCUGCUACGUGUACGAGAAGGGCUCCAAGAACAGGGACGUGAACGACGCGGUGCUGGACCUCAUGAAGAAGUACUCGCUGGAGCCCAAGGGCUUCCAGGACACUGAGGACAUGCGGAUGCGGCUGGUGUCGCGCUUCGUCAACGAGGCCGUGCUGUGCCUGCAGGAGGGCAUCUUGGCCAGCCCCCUGGAAGGUGACGUGGGCGCCGUGUUCGGCCUGGGGUUCCCGCCCUUCACGGGCGGUCCCUUCCGCUGGGUGGACGUGUUCGGGGCACGCCGCCUCGUGGGCAAGAUGGAGGCGUACCAGGGGGCGUACGGGGAGCCCUUCCAGCCGUGCGAGCUGCUGCGCGCCCACGCCGGCGACCCAUCCAAGAGGUUCUACCCCCAGUAGCGACGGGGCUUCGCCCUGGCCCCAACUCUCCAAGCAUCGCAGCGCCAGUCUUGUCGUCCGUCGCGAGGCUGCAGUUCCACACACAACUGAAACCUGUUCAUGUAGCUUCAUGAUUUUAUGUUCUACUAUCAUUUUUUUAUUUACAUAUUGUACAAACAACAAAUACAGUUUUAAUGCCAGUAUCAUGUUGGCAAGCCACUGUAAUGUUGCACGUUUGUGAAAGCUGACACAUCAAAUAAUAUUUUUUUUUUUUUUUUUUUUUUUUUUUUACACAAGCAAAGAAAUAAUUCCGGUUGUAAAUUAUCGAUUUGCAUUUGAUCCAUCCACCAGCUGUUAAAGUGGUAGGUAUUUUGCGACAUUCACCCUAGAAUGUAGCGCAAUAUCUGGCAACACUGGUUGUUCGCCGGAUCAGGGAAAAUCCUCGGCUCUAACUUUCUGUACUUUUUUUUUUUAACUCCUAUUGCUUACCAUCAUAAUACGUAUUUGUAUGAAUUCAGUUUUUUUUGCACCAAAUUUCAUGUCCCAGCAAGUAGCACCGUCACUCAGAAGUGGAAAUAUUGCUGCAUGCACAGAAUACCGAUUUUUCCCCAAUUAUUUUAGUUGAAUUUUCGGAAAUGUGUCACUUUAAAAAUAAAAUAUUUGUUACAAUGACGUGGUCUGUUGGAACACCAUAUGUGUACAAGCACUUGAAUCAUUAUUUACGCUACGAGAUUGUGACAUUUUUUUUCAUUUCCAGUGACGAAUACAUUCAUUGGUUCACAACCUUUACUAUCUUUGUUUUUGUGUAUAACUCUUUGUUGUUAAGCAUGCACAAUAAAUUAACUUUAUUGUCCCAGUCUUCACGAUGCAGGCUUGAAUUCAGGUACAUACAUUCUUGUCGUAUUGUUUGCAGAGGGUUGCGAUUACUGGUGUCCCAGGCGUGUACUGUAAAAUAUUUAUAUAGGCAUAUUUAUAUGUUAAGAGAAUUUCAUGUCAUCCUCAGAGCAAAGACUGUAUUUUUUUAUUCCACGAGUGCUAAGUGUGGUUUCUACUGAACUGUUGUUACAGCAUUUUGUACAUAUGAAAUAAAAGUUUUUCUCUUUUAAUAA